CUUGUUGAUUGGAAAGACAAAUAUUACUUGAAACAAGUUCGCUGUAACAUACCCGUUAUUACAAAAUAAGCAGUUAUCAUGUUUUUUCUUCUCGAUCGGUUACACACGCAACAUUUUCUUGUUGCUUGCUUCCAUGUCUAUUCAUAUAUUGUUUAUGUUCUAUGUUUUUUAAAAGUACAAAAAUGUAUGUCUUAAUAAAAGUUAUAUAAAUGGUUCUCAUUAAUAUUAAUAACUGGGAUUGAAUAAGUUGGCAAAGCAAUUAAGUUAACUCGGGAAUGUCCUAUUGUUAACGGGAAUUUCCUAUCAGAACAAUUUUUUUUCAAACGCAGUUUGAGUUUUUGUGUGUUGACGGUAUUUGUGAAGAGUUUGUGUUUCGUUGAUGAUGUAAAAAAGUGAAAUAAUUUCUUACCUACAAAAGAGAAAUACGUUUUAUCCCCUACUCUACUUUUAAAAAGCACAAAAAUGAAUUUGGAAGAUCUUCCGGAAGUCAAGAUAAAGCUGUUAAGCCUUUGUUGCAUAGCUGAAUUUGCUAUUCAAAGGAUAUUCGCAUAUUAUUGUCUCACAUCAGACGUAGCUGAUAAAAUCCAAGAGGAAAAGAAUGCAGUGGCGGAAGUGUUAAAAGCAUCGGCCGGUUCCAUAAGCUCCAACAAAAUGUUAAACACAGAGCAGAAUUACAAAAAGAUUUACAAUAACGAUAAAAGUUUCAAGAAUGAAGUCGAAGUUUCCCUGUUUGAUAUCACCGCUAUAUACAACUUUCUCAACAACAUUCCAAAAUUUCCAAAUUUUAAAAGAUCUGACAAAUGUUGCAAGAAAUGCAACCAUUCCUGCUCAAAAUGUUCACAUGUAGAUUGCUCAAAUGCGUGUUGCUUGACAGGAGCCAACACCUGCCACCACUCAUGCCAUUGUGGAAGAAAAUAUGUUUCUUGUUCUUUAAUUAACAAGGUCAGGAUUAUACACGAAUUGAGAAAUUUGUUUUCCCAUCUAUCAAUUCAGGAUUGCAUAAACAUUGAAAACGACGAUUUCUCUUCUUUACAUUGCAUUAAGGACCUCCAAGAGCCUAAUUUUGAUAAGCUUUGGCAAAGGUAUUAUCAAUGCAUCUUGAAUACACUAGAACUAAUCAACAAAUUCCCUAUUUCCCAGAAAGGUAAAGUUAUAUCAGACUACCAAUAUGCCAACGAAACAAGACGCCUGAAAGAAAUAAAAAUGACAAACAAAGAAACAUUGAUUAAAGCUUUUAGAUUUCCAAUUGAAUGUUUUCUAAAAGCAGACGAGCAAACAAUAACAUCUUCUCAUACAAACCCCAUGAAAUGGACGGUUUGCUUGGAUAGCAAAUUUAACAGCCGGCUGCAUAAUUUGUACAAGUAUUUGAGUAAGAAGAAAGUUUUGAAGAAUUUGGAUGAUUUAUCUGAUCCUCAAACAGAAAUAUUUUUAACGUUUUACAAGGAUAAACUUAUGAUAAAAUGUAGAGAUGCUUUGAAUUUAAGCGAAGAUAGGAACGAAUUAAAAAUAAAUUUUGAGGAAGUGAAAAUUGAAAAGCGUUUACUUAAAAUUAAAUUAAUCCUAACAUGCGAUGGUGAACUGUUCUCUGACGACUAUCAUGAUCAAUUUUCAGAACGCUCUAAGGAACUGGUCAAAUGCCUCAAAUCAUCCCUAAUCGAAACAAUUCAAAAAGAACUAAAUUUAUCUGCGAAGGUAAAACUAACAUUGUUUAAAUACGGUUCAGUCAUAUUGGAUUUCUCUGUUGAUGGUGAAUUGCAUGAUGAUCAAAUUAUUCAAAAGUGGAUUGAAAAUAACGUCAAAAUCUGCUUGCAGGAACACGACAUCUUCCUUACCCUUACGAACAUAUUGGUUCAGUCUGAAUCAACAUCUGUCGACAUUAAAUUGAAUAUAUCUUGCUCCAAUGCUGAUCUGCUGAAUGAAUUGGAAGAUAACAUGCCUAGGAUUAUAUCUGAGCUGCAGAAUUUAGAGUCUGGAGAACUCUUUGAUGAAAUGGAAGUCGAACUUAGACGAAUAGCCAAAAUUGGAAGGUUUUCUGUCUCAAGCUCUAAGCUACCAACUGGAUCAGAUUCUCUACGAGUACCUGAAAAACUGGUGCAUUUUGACACAGCUAAUCUUCCCGUACAGAGAACCACAUCCUCAUACUGUGGAACACAUUCAUCAUCUACCUCUUGGGAUUCAGGCUUGGGAGGAAGUGUUUCCCGAAGUUCUACAUUUUCAACAAGAAUCAAAAAUAUAGACAAUCUCAUUGAGGAUGAGGCAGAUUCGAUUAAACUGGUAACACCAAAGAAACGAAAGAAAAGCAGAAGAAAGAAACGCUGCAUUAUCAGUUAGGAAAUUGUUGAUGGUCGAAUGCAAGGAUGCAAUGCAGAUUAUUUAUAAUGCACCAAGUAAACUAUUAAUUAAGAAAAGGCCCGUAUGGUUAAUAAAUAAAACUACCUCGCGUUGUUUCCAACAAAAAGAGAAAACCUCUUCCAUGGAGAUGCUGAAAAGUGCAAUUUUUUGUGGGUGAUGCUACACCAGAAAAACAAUAGCAAAUGGUUUUGGACAACUCAGUGUAUCUUUACUUUUCGUUGCCGACAUUGGUACUCGAUUUAUAAAAGCAAGGUUAUGAAAAGCAAAGAUAAGGAUGAAAACAUUUGGUGAUAUCAUAAUCGUGUUUUUUUUGUAAAAAAACAAGCUACCAAGCUUUUUAUCUUUGUUGUAUCACAAUAUUUAAAUUGAUGUGUCAUGCUGUAAAAAAGGAAUAAAGUGAGGUCACAAAGCGAAACCUGUAGCAUGACCAUGCAAUCAGCGCUUUAGUUAUGUAUUGUUUUUAACGCUCAAUAUGUAUUAGUAGAAUAAGCAACCGGGGUGUUUUUUUUUAAAAUGUUGUGCUGUGUUGGGCGCUUAACAAAAUAUCUUGUCCCUUUUAAAUACUAAUUUUUUUUCUUGAGAAGAUAAAAUAAGGGUUUAUCAAUUUCUUCAUCAUUUGCUUGUGUUCAAUGCUAUAAAUAAAUUUUACCUGUCCAGAUUAAUAGCUUGUCUAUUACAACGUUCACAUAUUAAAUUUUUUAUUAAUUUAUAUAUUUGUAUGGGUUUUUUUUCGUUCUAGUCUGUUGAGAAUAUAUGAUGUACAGUGUAUUAUAGAAUGGUUGUUUGUUUCUUUCAUAAUUAUCAAACACUCGCGGGCUAUCUGUCAUAAAUCACCUAUUAUUGUGGUACAUCAGUAACUCUAAAUAGAAUAUCAAUAAACCAAAAAGACUGCGUUAGUCG